AGUACGCCCCUUAGAGAGCACUUUGUCCCAUUUACAGGUGGAUUAUUUAGUUCAUAACUUCUGUGUAAAACUUUUGUAACUUGAAACAUCAUAAAAGUUACAGGAUAUUGUUCUCACGUGUCUUCGUGGUAAAUAACCUCACACACAGUUAGUUCAACUUUUGACUUGAUUGUUAUCGUCACUGGAUUUGACAAGAAGUUUAAACUCAGUUCAGCCAUGAGGACUCUUAUGGGUAAAGCAGGGCUUUUAGGCACGAUGUCGGUGGCCUUUGGCUCGAUGUUUUGGUCACAACGGAAGACGGAAUCAGAACCGAGCGCUUCGGAUUCCCCCUCUUCUGACUCCGACCCUGGUUCCAGCUAUGAACUGAAACUGGUCCAGGUUUUGUUCCGGCAUGGUGCUCGAACGCCUCUGAAGUCGAUCCCCGAUGUGAUGGAGGCCCAGUGGGUCCCGACACUCCUGGAACCCCCACCACACACACACAUGAACUACACGGUGACGGAUCUGCAGGGUGGACCCAGGCCUCCGGCUCCUGUGGAGGACAGCUAUCGGAAGAACAUCCUGAGCGGCGGCACGUUCCCUGGUCAGCUGACCACACUGGGCAUGCAGCAGUUGUACGAGUUGGGUCAAAGGUUGAGGAGGAAAUAUAUCGAGGACAGACCCUUCCUAAGCCCCGCCUACAUCCCCGCUGAGGUCUAUGUCCGCUCCACUAACAUCGUGAGGACCAUUGAAUCUGCCAAGUGUCUGGUAGCUGGGCUUUUCCAGCAAAAACAAAACGAAGCUGUGCCUAUUCUAACAACAGAGGCAGAAAAUGAAAUCCUCUAUCCUAACUAUCAUGGAUGCAAGCUGCUCAAAAUUCUUUGCAGCCACCGCUGGGCCGAGUCGACCACUCUGCCAGACAUUGCUGCAGACCUGCGGAGCAUCCAGAGUGCAUUGGGGAUUUCUGCUCACCAGCACGUCGACUUCAUCCUCAUUAGGGAUGACAUGGUUGCCAGAGAGACGCAUGGUCUUCCAAAUCCACCAGUGCUGAACUCCUGGAAGAAUACAGUGGAGCAGAGGGCCGUAGACAUGAUGUACCACAUAUAUGACCCCAGCAAAAAGGAGAACCUGCAGCUGUGUGUUGGACCCCUCCUGCACGUACUGUGGGAAAACAUUGAGAGGAAAUUGCAGGGCAGCUCAUCAUUGUCACACAGGAAGUUGUUCCUGUAUUCUGUGCAUGACACUACUCUCAUCCCCUGCCUCAUGGCACUGGGGAUUUUYGACAUGAGAUGGCCACCGUAUGCUGCUGAUAUCUCUCUGGAGCUGCACCGAAACAAACAAACCAACGAGGCCUUUGUCAAAGUGUCAUACGCAGGGAAGGAUCAACUUAUUCCAGGUUGUAGUGGAGUUUACUGCCCCCUGCAGGAGUUCAAACAGGUCCUGUUGACUCACUCGCUGAGCUCUGACCUCUAUCAGUCACGCUGCAACACCACCCAAAGUCGGACUGAACUCUGAACCCUCAACUAACUGCUCAGGACUUACAUUCCUACUAUAAAAUACACCAUGCUUUCAUGUCUUCUGAUCACACAUCAUCCAACAACCAACAACACAAUAACUCAAAAACAAGUUGAACUUUCAUUUCCAUCACUGGMUUUAAUCUUUCUUUUAUCAACAUACACGGAGUGUAUGAUGAGAAUAGUUUUACUUUGUAGUGUUUACUUUGUACAAAGUGCUCUGUGUGCACAAGUGUGAGUGUAUAUGCCUACAUACUUUAAGGUUUAAAUAUUAGGGUUGCAGGUUUUUUUUUUUUUUUGUAUUAGCAUUUUGCUGACAAACACACUAAUUUGGUUUUAGGACAGCGAAGAAAAACAGCUAAAACCUCAAGGAGUGUUUGAACUAGUUUUACCUGCAGAUUGGUGCAAAACUAUUUUUGCAGCAGAGCAAUGAUUUAUUUAUUUUUGUAUUACAAAAUGGUCAAUAUAGUGUGUGGAUAUGGCACUGAAGUGGUGAAGCUCCAGAAUGUGAAUAAUAACUUAAGGUAAAUUGAGUUUAUGAGAAUAUACCAAAUAAGUUUAUCCUAAACAWAUUUUUAUGAUACAGAAUGCUGGCUUUGCUGUUUGGAUGAUGCAUUUGCAAAAUACUAUCAGUCACCUUCAUAGAUUGUUAGAACCUUAAAAAGGUUUAAAUGUGUGAAUUUGAUUUGUGAUGCACUUUUUCCACUAAUCGCAUUUCCAUUCUUUUAUUUAUUCUGAGGGAAUACUAUUCUGAGUGGCACAUUUAAAUUUUGAGUAAAAGGUACACAAUUGUGUAUUAGCAGAUUCGUAUCUUUAUAGAGUCCGUAUAGCCCUAGAGCAAUCUGUGUGUUUUUGAGUGCUCACCYGUGUGACAAGUAUUUUAUGACCUUGAGUUUAACAAUGCUGCAACGACACUUUGUACCUCAUCAAAUAAAGAAUUGGUGAGACAUAAAUACAAAUUUUA